AGUGAUAGAAUGCCAAUAGCUUUUCCACGUACAACAACACCAAUGUCCAAUGUUGGUGUCGGUGGACAGAAGAUUCCAAAGAAGCAGCCAUUGACAACUAAUAAGGAGAAGUUACUCAAUGGUAUAUCACUGAAAGUGACAAACAAGUUGCAACAACAUCAACAACAGCAUCAACAACAGAAUAAUAGGAAGAUACAACAACAACAAGAUAAAGAUAUCAAUCAUGAUCACAUGCUGAUAGAUCACAUGAAGAAGAAUAUAAAUAGGAAGUCAUCAACACAAUCUACACAAUCCAAACAACAAACGAAAAAGGCAAGCGCCUCACAUGAUGACGACGACGAUCAAGACGACUACGAUGACACUCGCGUCAAACCAAAGAAUGAGCAGCUCAAGAGGUUUGAGACAGAUCUCGAGGGAAACACCAAGCCUCUGCUACACAGGCUCAUCAAGUUUGUCGAGGCAGCGCCACAGGACAACCCAAACAACGCCCUAAAGAAGAAGUACAAGCCUAUCAACAGGCUGGCCGAAGUCGAGUUGGCAAGGACUGCGAACAGCAAUGGCAAGAAGGGCCAGACAGCCCCCGCCGCCAAGGCUGAGGUGCUCGAUGACAACGUACUGCAUCCUCCCAAGAAGGUGAUAUUUGGCCAGGACAAGGUGGACACGCUGAUGAGCUGGAAGAUGGUGCGCAAGGUUGGCUCGGGCCUCAAUAACAUUGGCAACACGUGCUUCAUGAACUCGGUGCUCCAGUGUCUUACGUACUGCCCGCCGCUCGCCAACUACAUGUUGUCUCAGGAACACUCCAAGUCAUGCACCAUCCAGGGAUUCUGCAUCUUCUGCUCGAUGGAGAGGCAUAUUGCGCGCUCCCUCACCACACACAGCGGCUCCAUCACGCCCAAGGAGAUCGCCUCCAAUCUAAAGAGUGGGUAUCCUCCCCUUGGAAUCGAGUUCGCGCCAGGCUUUCGUCUGGGCAGGCAGGAGGACUCACAUGAGUUCACUCGCUUCGUCAUUGAGGGCAUGCAAAAGGUGUGCCUGGCGCGCUUCCCCAAGGGCGCGCUGACACAUCGCGACACUAUGACGACGGUGGUGGGCAGCAUCUUUGGCGGCUACCUGCAGAGCCAAGUCAAGUGCACGGUGUGCAACCACGACUCCAACACAUACGAUCCCUUCAUGGAUCUGAGCGUCGACAUCAACCAGGCCGACUCGCUGACGCGCGCUAUGCAGCGCUUCGUGCGACCCGAAGUGCUUGAUGGCUCCAACAAGUACAAGUGCAGCAAGUGCAAGAAGCUGGUGCGCGCCACCAAGCGCAUGUCGGUGCAUCUGGCACCGCCCAUCCUCACCGUUCAGCUGAAGCGCUUCAGCUAUCUGGGCUUCCACGGAGGCAAGAUCAGCAAGCCCAUCCAGUUUGACGCGUCGUUCAAUCUGGCGCCGUUCAUGACUACGACCACCACCAGCGACGCCAUGUAUGACCUGUAUGGUGUGCUGGUGCACUCGGGCUCAUCCACCAACUCGGGCCACUACUACUGCUUCAUCAAGUCGUCUAGUGGCGUGUGGCACAACAUGAACGACGAGUCUGUUCACCAAGUGAACCAAGCGACCGUACUAUCACAGAAGGCAUACAUCCUAUUCUACUCGAGGCGCACCGAUGGCUCGAGAUCAACAUCACAGGCGUCGUCCAAUGGACACCGUCAGUCAGCAGCUGAUGGAGCAGCCAAUACUCCCACAUCAUCGUCGUCAUCAUCGCCAUCGUUGUCUUCAACAGCGUCUGGCGCAGCAGCCGCCGCCACUGCCGAGGCAGCACUGAUCCCUCAACUCAUCGCACACAGAGCACACAGUAUGAAGGCACAGGAGGUGAAUGGAGGUUCAACCGCCAGCAGCCCAGCAAUCACAAACGGCACAAACAAUGGAAAGAAGAGGAAGCAACCAUCAUCAGAUGAGGGUGAGAGUGAGGUCGGAGGCGAGACAAAGGCCACGCCCACCACAGCCAAUGGCCGCAGCAACGGCAAUGGCAACAGCAAUGGUACAUACGUUAAGCUGUGGGAUGACAAGACAUUGGACAAGGACACACAGAAGGUGAUCGAGGCCGACAGGUCCAAGGCAGAGAAGGUUGGCAAGGAACUUGCCAGCAAGCCAACCACAGGCAACGAGUCAAGCCAGUUCAACUUUAGUGUUGGUCAAUGGGAUGACGCUGAUGAGGAGAUGGUCAAGGCACAGAAGGAGCUGCUACACAAUGAUGAGACGCUGAAAGAGGUGCGACAUGAGAAGGAUGCAUGGGACGCAGAGUUUGAUAUGGGUAGGAAGAAGAAGAUCAAGAAGAGAAAGGAGAUAGACUUUAGCGAGAACAAGUUCGAUGCUCAACUCCUAGUGAAUCAGCAGAAGAAGGAGGACCGACUCAAGUUUGGAGACCAGCCUCGAGACAAUAACAAUGGCGGUGCCUCUCGUAAACAGCAGUUUAACAUUGGAGUGCCAUCAAAUAGGCCCAAUGGAAAUGGCAAUGGACAACGAAAUGGUCAUGGACAUGGUAAUGGAAAUGGAAAUGGAAACAGACAACAAGGACCAGGUGGCAAAGGAAAGUUCAACAAGCAAGCACAUCAAAGGCCAUCAUCCAAU